AUCACACGAACAAAUUUCAGUAUUUCUACUCUCUAUUUUAACGAUCUUUUAGACAAACCUAAAUUGGCAAUUGUGCGAAAAAUUAACACAAAAACUUUCGGUUGUUUAUUUUGAUAGAUCCCCUUCCCCACCCAAUUCCUCCCAGCGACAGCAAAAUGCAACCACGUCUCGAGCGACCGUCCACAGAGGUUAUACCGCAGACAGCGGCAGUGGCAUUGCCCAAGGAUCAGGACAAUCCGGAGCAGGAGACACCGCUUGAUCAGUUGAUGGAAAAAAGUGGCUGCAGCGUUGGCGGCAGCAUUGGCGACUGCGAUAAACCAAAAGAUACAGCAACCAGAGAAUUUCUUGUCUCCCUGCUGGAGUGCCCGGUAUGCUUUGGCUAUAUGAUGCCACCGAUAAUGCAAUGUUCGCGCGGUCAUCUCAUCUGUUCGCAGUGCCGCAACAAGUUGACAGUGUGUCCCGUUUGUCGGGUGACGUUGUGCAAUAUACGUAAUCUGGCCAUGGAGAAGGUUGGCUCCAAACUGAUAUUUCCCUGCAAGCAUGCGUUGUACGGCUGCCGCAUGUGUCUCUCAUAUACGGAUAAGCGGUCGCACGAAAACGACUGCGAUUUCCGGCCGUACUUCUGCCCCUAUCCGGAUGAGAAGUGUGUGUGGCAGGGUGCCUUGAAGGAUGUGUACAAGCACUUUGUUAGCACACAUCCAAAUGUGAUUACCAUGGAGGGCACCGAUAUCAUCUUUUUGGCCACCAAUGUGAAUCAAGCUGGCGCACUGGACUGGACCAUGAUCCAGUCCUGCCACGGGCGGCAUUUUCUCCUGUCGCUGGAAAAGGUGCUGCUCGCUGAGGGUUGCCAGCAAUAUUUCGCCGCUUGUCGCAUGAUCGGCUCUGUGCGGGAUGCCGCCGAAUUUGACUAUUUUAUUUCAUUAGAGGCCAAUAAUCGCACCCUCAACUGGAAGUCGAAGCCGCGCUCCAUUCGUCAGAGUUUCGUUACGUAUACAAAUGAAGAUUUUCUGGUGCUCAACAAGUCGACGGUGAAACUGUUUGCCGACAAUAAUAAUUUGGCUCUCAACAUUAUUAUCAUGAAGGCUGGAGAAAAGAACCCCUAACACCCCCCUCCCCCACAAAAAUAACUGUCGGAUAAGAGAUAAAUUUCGUGUUCCUAGUGCCACUUAAAUAAAUUCGCCAAGUUGACACAUUUGCCAUUGGCAGACAGUAA